AUGGCCAAGAUAGACUACCUCCAGAAUAUGUUCAAGGCCAAGGAGUUUACUGACCGGUACAAGUACACCGAAAAGCUCACUGGGCUAUACGCUGAGACCUUGGUUGAGUACUCUGGCGUGGCUAAUCCCUACCAGAAGCAGCUGGUUGUCCUGGACAAUGCCUGCGGAAUUGGAGCUGUCUCCAGCGUACUCAACCGCACACUUAAUGAUGAAGCAAAGAGAACAUGGAAAUUGACCUGCGGUGAUCUGUCAGAAGGCAUGUUGGAAUACACCAAGCAGAGGCUUGAAGAUGAAGGAUGGGUCAAUGCUGAAACGAAGAUCGUGAAUGCGCUAGACACUGGGCUGCCAGAUGCGCAUUAUACGCAUGUUUUUGUCUCUUUUGGCUUCCAGAGCUUCCCAGACGCCAUCGCCGCCUUGAAAGAGUGUUUCAGGAUCCUCGCAUCCGGAGGUAUACUGGCAACCUCAACAUGGCAGAGAUUCACCUGGAUACCGAUCAUGAAAGCCGCCAUUGAGACCAUGCCCGGAAAGCUCCCAUUCCCAACACAGGAAGAGUUCCUCGCGCUUCACAGUACCGGUUGGGACUCGGAAUCCUACAUCCAGUCUGAAUUGGAGAAGGUAGGAUUCAGGGACGUCAAAGUCACCGCUGUGCCGAAAGAGACGUCCCUGCCUAUCAGUGAAUUCCUCGAAGUCUGCAUGAUGAUAAUCCCUUAUCUGCUUCCAAAGUUCUGGACUGAGGAACAGCGGGAGUUGCACGAGAAGGAUGUUCCAAUGGUGCUGCGGCAAUAUCUGCAAGACAACUAUGGGGCGAGUGGACAGGUUCCUCUGGAGGCGGUGGCUCUCAUCACAACGGCCCUCAAGACUUAG